CUGUCCGCACACAUCACGCACGCUUGUCUGGAUGGAAUAUGACGCCAAAGCUCCCUGAGUGAAGUCUCGCGGAGUAAAACACCGGCCAUUUUUCUUCGUUUAUAGCAGGACACUUUGUGCUUGUGUAGUGUAACCGAGAGUGUUGCGGUCACUUUGAUAAGCCUACAAGUUUUGGCAAGUUUAAUUUUGUUAUCCGAGCAUCCAAACUUACAACAAACAGGACACAAACCAUGUUUGUGUUUACCGCCGCAAAGUUUUUUCGCUGACAUUCUUGUCCGGAUAGACGCUUGUCUAAUCUGUCGCACAAAUGGAAAUGGUGCCUAGCGAGGAGAACCAGUUCGUACCUAAAGAGGGUGUGUUUUGGAGUUGCAGACAGAGUAUUUUUGAUGAGAUGAAGAGGAUUUCUCAGAUCCAAAAUGCAGCUGAGGAGCCCAGAGUGCUGUGUAUAAUUCAGGACACCACCAGUGCAAAGACAGUCAAUGAGAGGCUGACCCUCAACCUGCCUGCUUCCACCACCCUCUCCAAACUUUAUGAAGAUGUUGCCCACAAAGCGGGAUAUGUGAAUGGCACUUUUGACCUUGCCUGGGGAAAUACACCGGACAUGGCACCACUGGACCACAGCAGUGAGAUGUCUCUCUCGGAUUCGGCGUUUGAGCCUGGUGGUAAGAGGAAUUUCCUCCAGCUUACAGACAAAGAUGGAGAGCAGCCCCAGAUGGCAUCGGAUGAGUCAGGAACAGCAGAUAGCAGUGGACUAGAUGACAGUUCCCAGGAGCGGUUUAUUGGGCCCCUACCCAGAGACGGCACUACAGGCUGCAGUGGUGACUACAGCAGUCCAUCUUACUCCUACUCGUCUAUCCUCAACAAAUCUGAGACGGGUUACGUGGGCUUGGUCAACCAAGCUAUGACCUGCUAUUUGAACAGUCUUCUACAGACGCUGUUCAUGACCCCGGAGUUCAGAAAUGCGCUCUACAACUGGGAGUUUGAGGAGUCUGAGGAGGAGCCAGUCACCAGUAUCCCCUACCAGCUGCAAAGACUGUUUGUUCUACUGCAGACUAGCAAGAAACGGGCGAUUGAGACCACCGAUGUGACGCGUAGCUUUGGCUGGGACAGCAGUGAGGCUUGGCAGCAGCAUGAUGUCCAGGAGCUGUGCAGGGUCAUGUUUGAUGCCCUGGAGCAAAAGUGGAAGCAGACCGAACAGGCUGACCUGAUCAACCAGCUGUACCAAGGGAAGCUGAAGGAUUAUGUCCGUUGUCUGGAGUGUGGCUAUGAGAGCUGGAGGAUUGAUACUUACCUGGACAUCCCUCUUGUGAUCAGACCCUUCGGAGCCAGCCAGGCCUAUGGCAGUGUGGAAGAGGCUUUGCAGGCAUUUAUCCAACCAGAAACUCUGGAUGGGCCCAACCAGUACUUCUGCGAACGCUGCAAAAAGAAAUGUGAUGCCCGGAAGGGUCUGAGAUUUCUGCACUUUCCCUACCUGCUGACACUACAGCUGAAGCGGUUUGAUUUUGACUACACCACUAUGCAUCGCAUCAAGCUUAAUGACCGCAUGACUUUCCCAGAGGAGCUUGACAUGAGUCCAUUCAUUGAUGUGGAAGAUGAGAAGUCGCCCCAGACAGAAAGCUGCACUGACAGUGGAGCAGAGAAUGAAGGCAGUUGCCACAGCGACCAGAUGAGCAACGAUUUUUCGACCGAUGAUUGUGUGGAUGAGGGCAUCUGCUUGGACAGCACCGGCAGCGCAGAGAGGGUGUUGAAGCCAAAGAGUUUGCUGACUUUUGAGCUGUUCUCCGUUAUGGUCCAUUCUGGGAGCGCUGCGGGUGGCCACUACUACGCCUGCAUCAAAUCCUUCAAUGAUGGCCACUGGUGCAGUUUCAAUGAUCAACACGUUAGCAAGAUCACCCAAGAUGAUAUCAGGAAGACAUAUGGGGGGUCCUCAGGGAGCAGAGGCUAUUAUUCCAGUGCCUUCGCAAGCUCUACAAAUGCAUAUAUGCUGAUUUAUAGAUUGAAAGAUCCCACAAGGAAUGCAAAGUACUUAGCUGCAGAAGACUUCCCAGAGCACAUAAAGACUUUGGUAAAAAAGGAGAGAGAGUCUGAAGAGCAGGAGAAGCGACAGAGGGAGAUUGAGCGCAACACUUGCAAGAUAAAGCUUUUCUGCAUGCAUCCUGUAAAGAUGAUGAUGGAGAGCAAGCUGGAAGUACACAAGGACAAAACUCUCAGAGAAGCAACAGAGAUGGCCUACAAGCUGAUGGAGCUGGAGGGAAUGGUCUCUCUGGACUGCUGCCGCUUGGUAAAGUACGAUGAAUUCCACGAGUACCUGGAGCGUUCCUAUGAAGGUGAGGAGGACACACCGAUGGGCCUGCUGCUGGGAGGAGUCAAGUCCUCUUAUAUGUUCGACUUGCUGCUCGAGACCCGCAGACCAGAGCAAGUGUUCCAGCCUUACAAACCUGGAGAGGUGAUGGUGAAGGUUCAUGUUGUGGAUCUCAAGAGUGAGACAAUCGCCUCUCCAAUCAGCGUUCGAGCGUACUUGAACCAGACGGUCACUGAAUUCAAACAGCUUAUUGCACAGGCUACAGGGCUAUCUGCCGAAACCAUGUGUGUGGUCCUGGAGCGCUGCUAUAAUGACCUCCGGCUCCUGUAUGUUCCAAACAAGACACUGAAAGCUGAGGGGUUCUUCAGGAGCAACAAGGUUUUUGUAGAGAGCUCCGAGUCGACAGAUCAUCAGGUUGCUUUCACUGACUCACUGUUGUGGAAACUGUUGGAUCGUCACGGUAAUACGAUCCGACUCCUGGUCUUACUGCCUGAGCAGUCUCCCGGUACCUUGGCCAACAGAACUCUAUGCCAAAAAGUAGGCAGUGACUCUGAUGUGCCCUUUGAGGAGUCAAAGGGUAACAUGAAAUCUGUAGAGGCUAUCCUCGAGGAGAGCACGGAAAAGUUAAAGAAUCUGUCUCUGCAGCAGCAGCAGCAGCAGCACGGCUCCAGCACCAGUGACAGUCAAAAAAGCUCUGACACCAGCGACUUUGAACAUAUCGAAUCCCCAACCCAAGAGGCUGACUCAAACUCUUCACUCUGUGUGGCUGCAGACAACAGAGAGUUAGAGAACCGGAUCAGGGCCGCGGCCGGGGGCAGCAGCGGUGCCUCCUCUGACCCUGACAACCACUUUGCCUGUGAGGAGCGCUCGGAUUCUGAGGUGAACAAUGACCGCAGCACCAGCUCAGUGGACAGCGACAUCCUGAGCUCCAGCCACAGUAGCGACACACUGUGCAAUGCAGAUAGUGGGCCCAUACAGCUGGCCAACGGCUUGGACUCACACAGCAUCACAAGUAGUCGUCGCUCCAAAGCCCAUGAGGGCAAAAAAGAGACCUGGGACACUGCUGAAGAAGACUCUGGAACAGACAGCGAGUAUGACGACAAUGGGAAGAGCAAGGCAGAGGCUCAGUUCCUGUACUUCAGAGCAGAUCCUUGUUCUCAGGAUGACUCCUCGUGUGAUGCACAAAAAUGUUUAGUGGUUCAUGUGGACAAGAGAAUAACAUUAGCAGCGUUUAAACAGAACCUGGAGCCCUAUGUGGGAGUCUCCUCCACCCAGUUCAAGGUGUUUCGGGUGUACGCCAACAACCAGGAGUUUGAGAGUGUACGACUCAAUGAAACACUCUCAUCGUUCUCAGAUGAUAACAAGAUAACAAUUCGGCUAGGAAGAGCACUGAAAAAGGGUGAAUACAGAGUGAAAGUGUAUCAACUACUAGUAAAUGAACCAGAGCCCUGCAAGUUCCUGGUGGACACGGUGUUUGCCAAGGGUAUGACUGUCAGACAGUCAAAAGAGGAGCUGCUCCCUCAGUUGAAAGAGCAGUGCAAGCUUGAUCUCAGCAUUGACAGGGUUCGUCUCAGGAAAAAGACGUGGAAGAACCCAGGCACAGUGUUUCUGGACUACCAUGUCUAUGAAGAAGACAUCAGCAUCUCCUCCAACUGGGAAGUUUUCCUGGAAGUUCUCAAUGAACCAGAGAAGAUGAAGUCCAUGUCGCAGCUGGCUGUUCUGACCCGGAGAUGGAGCCCGGCUACAAUGAAGCUGGGGCCCUUCCAGGAAGUGAUUCUGGAGAGCAGCAGUGUAGAAGAGCUCAAGGAGAAGCUUAGUGAAAUCAGCGAGAUUCCUCUCGAAAACCUGGAGUUUGCAAAGGGUAGAGGAACGUUUCCCUGUGAUAUUUCUGUGUUGGAGAUCCAUCAGGAUUUGGACUGGAACCCUAAGGUGUCAACUCUUAACGUGUGGCCUCUGUACAUCUGUGACGAUGGAGCUGUGGUCCUCUACAGGCACAGCACAGAGGAACCUAUGGAGUUGUCGGAUGAUGAGCGCAAUGAGCUGAUGAAGAAGGAGAGCAGCCGUCUGCUCAAGACUGGACACCGUGUCAGCUACUCGCCACGCAAGGAAAAGGCCCUCAAGAUCUACCUGGACGGAGGCCCUGCCAAGGACCCGGGGCAGGACUGAGGCACAGAGCACCGCUCCUGGUUAUUUGGAUCUUCGGGCUACUGCAGCAGAGCAACCAAGCUACGGGACUGAGUCUGAGUGUCGGGCCCGAUAGUUACUUGAACAUCAAGCAGCGUUGUGAAGGUGCUCUUACCCUCCACUCUGAGCCCCAGAACUGGCUCCGAAACCCUAUUGUGCACUAUAGUGUAUUGUACUGUAAAGUUUAAAGGGAAGUACGAAAGCUGUUCAAUACAGAAAAAGAAUCAAAUACUGUAUAGACAAAUCAAUUGAACGUAAAAGCUCCAGAGAUGGAUGCAGAGAUGUUAGGACUGUGAAACUGGGCCGUAAGGUAUCCAUCCCAUCUAUUUAAGUCUUGCGUCUCCUUUCACAUCAGUCUCUUUCACUGCGUGUUUCUCUUCCUGUUUCAGGAAUAGUGUUGAUUCUGAUUCAUCUGUGACCAUCUUGUAAGUCCAUAUGCUCGCACUUUUUUGAGCACUGCUCUAUUAGAGAAAUCAUUCUUAUCUUACAUCGCUCACCUUCCUUUUUAAAUACUGUAAAACCAACAGCACAUACAACCAAGAACUACUUAUCCAGCCUUCCUCAGUCUCACCUCAUCUGGUGAGGCAAACCUCACUCCUCUGUGACUUUGACAAGUUGAAACGUCAUUCAUUCACAAGAUUUGAUGAAUCAAAAAAAAAGCAACAAUUAAAAAUUUGUCAACUGGAGGUCGUUUCUGCUCCUCUGAUGCUCCUAUAAUGCCAGAGUAAUGUGUUGUUAUGGGUCAUCCCUACUGCUGCUCUUUGUGCUUUAUAGGAGCUUUACCUCUGUUACAUCACUUCCACUAGAUAUAGUGAUACAUAGGCUAUUGGUCCUUUAAUACAAAGUACAGUGAAACAAAACCAAGUAGACUAUGUUAAGAAUAUCCUUGUUUUUGUUUGUUGUAAAUUAUUAUUUUGCUCCAGACUUAAUCGAUCAAUUAGGUCUUUGUGAGGCACCAGGCACACAUCUGUUGUCUGUAUUAACCUUUAAUUUAGAAAGUGGAUUUCUUUGUCUGUUUCUUGCACCAUGUGAACUGGGUGUACAUCUCUAGUGUCAUCCACGUGUGUGUGUGUGUGUGUGUGUGUGUGUGUGUGUGGUGAUGUACUGAGGGGACGGGGGCGCUCUCUGGGUUUUUGGCAGAGAGCGCCAGGUUGUUUUUGGCGCUUCUACCUGCUGCUGCUGCUGCUGCUUGAUAGACUGGCACCAGAGGGUAUAGAAAGCCCGCAGGAUGUCUCAGUCUGCCUGGGCAACUGGUCUGAGGACUGAAGCUCAGCAUCCCGGCCCCUCUGGGCUCCUGAUGCUGCCACCAGCUAUUCACUGUAGAAAUGCCAAUACCUUUUUUGUUGUUGUUGAUGUUUAUUUCUUUGAGAUUUAAAUCUUGUGUGAAAAUAGUUUAAGAUGAUUUUAGAUAUUAAUUAAAAUGCUUUUUUUCAUAACUGAUGUUUUCUGUCACUGUAAAUUAAAAUGGCUUAAUCUAACUCACAAA